AUGUCUUGCCCCAACUACUGCUCUGGAAACUGCAGCUCAGGAUCUCUCAGAACCUCCUGCCAUAUUCCUCUCACCUCCAUCGCCCUCUGCUCUACCAACGUCAGCUGUGGAGAUGUACUCUGCCUACCCACUAGCUGUCAAGACCCUACCUGGCUCACAGACAACUGCCAAGAGACCUGCGGUGAACCAACCAGCUGCCAGCCGGCCCCCUGUGAGACCGGCAACCUUGAAACCUCUUGCGGUUCUUCCACUGCCUACUACGUGCCCAGGCCCUGCCAAGGAAGCAGUUUUCUUCCUGCUGCUUCUUUCAUCUCCAGCUCCUGCCUUCCACUGUCCUGUAGACCACAGAGCUACGUGUCCAGCGGCUAUCGUCCACUGAGGCUGCAGCUCAAUAGUUACCAGCCCAUAGGAGGCUGUGUGCCCAGUGGCUGUCGCCCCCAAUCCUGCUUCUCCAACAGUUGCCAGCCCCAAAACCUCCUCACUUCUGGAUGCCGACCCUCGAGUUGCUUGGCCUAUGGUCCUCAAACUCUUCACGUUGUGUCCAGCAGCCUCAGACCUCUGAGGCCUCUGUUCAGUGGUUGCCAACCUCUGACCCAUGUGAUCAACACGUGUCAUCCAUCCUGCUCUGGACUGUGAAACCAGUAGCUUCUUCGUUCUGGUGAAUAAUCACUCUGAGGAUCCAAAACAAAAAUUCAAACUCCAUGGACUUUUGCUUCUUGGCUAGUAGCAAAGAUGUUUCUUAGUUUUACUGUGCCUGAUCUAAUGAAAGAUGCUUCUGUCACAUGUUUUAUCUUGCUUUCAUCUUUCCUUGACAUCCAAAAAUUUAGUUUACAAUGGUGUUCAAUGUUGCUGUGGUAUGGAAAGAAUGUAUUUGAUCUGCACUAUAAUAAAUGCGAUUA